GACUGCCAAUCCAAAGCUCUCGUAUACUCUUCAGUUUUUUUUUUGGCUGGUCUACAGCUCGAGUAUCAUUUACUCCACGUCGCAAUGGAUUCUCUCACGACCCAUCCCUCCACCGCGCAGCAGGCCCGGGCCUUCACUUCUCCUGCAUCUCUGUCCUUUCCCGGUGGUGCCGGUGAUUUGACACCGCCUUCUGACAAAGACGGAAACAUGGCGAUGAACCUUCAAGGUGCAAACGGGAAUGUGAACGGCCAGCAGCAGGGAGCAAAUGCCACCAACGGCAACGGGGUGACACCCGCAACUCCUGCUGCCACUCCGGGUGCCAAUACUCCGGGGAGUGGCAUCGUGCCUACGUUGCAGUGAGUAUACUCUUGCUGUCUCUUCUGGUAUACCAGAAUGCUGAACAAGGAUCUCUCUUUUAAAGAAACAUUGUCGCUACUGUAAAUCUUGACUGUCGUCUCGAUUUAAAGACUAUUGCGCUCCACGCUAGAAAUGCGGAGUACAAUCCAAAGCGUUUCGCGGCCGUGAUCAUGCGUAUUCGCGAACCGAAGACCACCGCUUUGAUCUUCGCCUCAGGCAAGAUGGUUGUCACUGGUGCCAAGUCAGAAGAUGACUCGAAGCUGGCAUCCAGGAAGUACGCUCGUAUCAUUCAGAAGCUCGGUUUCAAUGCAAAAUUCACGGAUUUCAAGAUUCAGAAUAUUGUCGGCUCUUGCGACAUCAAGUUCCCCAUUCGUCUGGAAGGUUUGGCUAGUCGCCAUCACAAUUUCAGUUCUUAUGAACCCGAGUUGUUUCCGGGUCUCAUCUACCGUAUGAUGAAGCCUAAGAUCGUUCUUUUGAUCUUCGUCAGUGGAAAGAUAGUCUUGACUGGCGCCAAGGUUCGCGAAGAGAUCUACCAAGCGUUUGAGCUAAUCUACCCUGUGCUAUCUGAUUUCCGCAAAGUCUAAAGGGCUUAUGGCGGUGUUUCUUUGCAUAGGGAGAUUAUGUUCUCCAAGCUCUUCACCUCUUCAUAACCAUGUAUUAACAUCUGCUUUUCUUUUUCUUGUUUCCCUUUCUCCCAUCGCUUCGCGAGAUUGUAUCAUGAACCAGGCAAACCGCCUCAACCGGCUUGGUCGUUGCCUUUAUUCUCGAAACUCGCAUAUCACGAUUCCUUAUGCUAGCAUUUGUACGGCGUUUUAGCGAUUUGGUUUGAUUCUCUGGUUGUUUGUUUCAACAAACUAAAGUGUUCUUUACAAUUAGAAGUCGCACACCGCAGGUUCAAGGGGGCGGUACUGUGCGCUGGCCGAUGGUUGCUCCCUUCUAAUUACUUGUCUUUGCGUUCUCUGCCUGUCGGCUGCGAUUCCUUUCAUUAUGACCUUGUCGCCAUGGAAGUGGCCCCUAUCUGUCUUAAUGACUCUUGGGGAAGAUGACGGAUCAGAUGGGAAGAAAAAUUACUGCUAUAUUCCUCUAAACUCAACGAUAGUGGACGAAUUGCACUGGUUGGUUGGUUGAUCAGGCAACAAAUCUGGUUCGUUCGUUUUCCUGAGUUUACUCGAUAGCCUGUGGAACAAAAUGGAGUGAAAAAUGAUGCAUAAAA